AAUAUAUUCUAGAAAAAGGUUCAUCUAGCUUACAAGUGAAUGUCAAGGCAAUGAAUUCAGAUUUAAAAAAUGAUACAACAAAAGAGAAUAAGCUGAAAAUAAAGUCCAUUAUAUUUAAGAAAGAGAUGUUACCAGAAGAUCUUGACUUGGCACUUUGUCAGCUUAAAAUUUGGGCUCGAGAUAAUGAAGCUAAAAGUGCAUUUGAGAAG